AUGUCAACCUUCACAGUAAAAACUGUCCCAACGACUCCGUACGAAGGGCAAAAGCCCGGGACAAGCGGACUACGAAAACGCGUGAAGGUUUUCCAGCAAGAGAAUUACACAGCAAAUUUUAUUCAAGCGAUAUUCGAUGCCAUGCCAUCGCCUGGACCCAAAGGGGCUACGUUAGUGGUGGGCGGUGAUGGAAGGUAUUAUUCGGAAGAUGCCAUUAAGAUCAUUAUUCGACUUGCUGCCGGAAACGAGGUUGCCAAGUUGAUUGUUGGUCAAAAUGGUAUUCUCUCUACUCCUGCAACGUCCAACAUUAUCAGGAAACGUCAGACUAAUGGCGGGAUAAUUUUAACUGCAUCUCAUAAUCCUGGAGGCCCCAACCAUGACUUUGGAAUAAAGUUCAAUAGUAGCAAUGGUGGUUCUGCGCCAGAGGCUGUUACAAAUAGAGUAUAUGAGAUAUCUAGGAAUAUCAAUCAGUAUUAUGAAGCCAAUAUUCCUGAAGUCAGUCUCGCUUCUCUUGGAAAGCAGACCUUUGGAAAUUUCACCAUUGAAAUCAUCAAUCCAGUGAAUGAUUAUGUUGAACUAGUUAAAGAGCUUUUUGACUUUGACCUGAUCAAGAACUUCUUUGUCAAGAAUCCUAAUUAUAAAGUGCUAGUUGACAGCUUGCACGGAGUCACCGGUCCAUAUGCCAUACGCAUUUUUGUAAAUGAACUUGGCCUUCCCCGAUCAUCAGUCCAGAAUGAUGUCCCGCUUCCAGAUUUUGGAGGGAGUCAUCCCGAUCCCAAUCUCGUAUAUGCCAAGAGUUUGGUUGAUCGUAUUGAAGAACUGGACAUUCCUUUUGGUGCUGCUUUCGAUGGCGACGGCGAUCGGCAUAUGAUCUAUGGAAAGGGUGCAUUUGUAGUGCCAUCUGAUUCUGUGGCAAUUAUUGCCGAAUACGCCAGUAUUAUUCCGUAUUUUCAGAGUACGGGUUUGAAGGGUGUUGCGAGGAGUAUGCCUACGAGUAGGGCUUUAGAUUUAGUAGCACAGGAUAAGAAUGUGGAUUUGUUUGUAGUACCCACCGGAUGGAAGUUCUUUGGUAAUUUGAUGGAUGCUGGCCGAUUAUCAAUUUGUGGUGAAGAAAGUUUUGGCACCGGAGCGGAUUGUAUUAGAGAAAAGGAUGGCAUUUGGGCUAUACUCGCUUGGUUGAACAUCAUUGCUAAGGUCAAUGAAACAAAACCUGGUUCGGGCAUCAAAGACAUUCUUAGAAUGCAUUACGAGAAAUACGGUCGUUACUUUUAUUUGAGAACAGAUUAUGAAGAAGUUGAGUCUGAAAAAGCUAACAGAGUGAUAGAUCAUUUGCGUGAUCUAGUUGGGCCAUCGAAGGGUACGUUCUUUGGUAAAACCUUCGGCGAAUUCACCGUUAAGGAUGGAGACGACUUUGAAUACAGAGAUCCCGUUGAUGGAAGUAUAUCAUCCCACCAGGGUAUCCGUAUAUACUUUACGGACGGUUCGCGUAUAGUGAUCAGGCUUAGCGGAACUGGUAGUCAAGGUGCUACCAUUAGAGUAUACGUUGAGAAAUACUCAAAGAAUCCUAGCGAAUAUGAUCUAGAGACUCUUCCAGCCGUGCAAGGACUUAUUGAUGCUUCACUUGAGAUUUCUAAAAUCAACGAGUAUACUGGUAGAACAAAGCCUGAUGUUGUUACUUAA